CUCUGUGAUGGCAGCUCCGCUUCUCCUGACCCGCAUUCACCCGUACUGUACAGGCAGGGGGGAGGACCGAGCACAGAAAGCUAAUAAACGCUGUAGAGUUCCCUUGCAGACCGUGGUCAUGGCUUUGACAGUCCCUGGCAGACACGGCGCUCCCCUCUCCACACACAUGAUAGCGGACUGAAAGGGGGCUAACACCGGGGAAGCAUUAGCUCCGCCGUUUGAGAUGGUUAACCAGCUGGACUCGCUUGUAUUUCUACGUAUUUGUUCUGCUUUUUUCUUCAAGUGUUAAUCCGGCUGUUCCUUGUUCACGGGGCUUUAUGUUGACGGUACAGGAGGCGCUUUUAUAUCACAAGUCGAGCAUUGGAUGAGAGCAGAAUCAUCUGCUUCAGAGGUGGACCAUCACACAGGAUUCCAUGACUCGUUUUUGGCCCCAGAGCUGCGGUUCAAGACACCAGGACGAACAUCUGAGCAGUGUGUAGGGGUCAGGAUAAAGUAUUUUUCAGACUGGCACAAGAACACCUAUUUCAACAAAGAAGCUCUGCCAUCUGAUGUUUGUGUCACUGAUGAAGACCGGCCUCGAUCUUCAUAGCACCAGGUGGAGCCCCUGAAGAAACCAGCAUACACAUGUUAAGGGGCGGAGCCAAGCUUUGAUUUCUUUUUCCGAUGGACACUGGAAAACCACCAGCAUAUAUUAGACAGAAGAAUAUACUCAAGACUCAAACAACACUACUUUACUUCCCGCCGUCCUCCCCUCUUCCUCUGAUCCAGCUUUCUACCUCCCAGAGAAAUAGAAAAAUUAAAUAAAAGUGAAAGCAACUUAUUACCCGUUAUCAGUUCCUUGUUUCCUUCUCUUGGUGCAACUUUACUUCAUUUACCUCAGGGAUUUUCCUCCCAUUGUCUACCUCCUCCACCGAAACAGCCAGCCCAGCGACUGGAACACACUCGUGACCUCUCGCUGAUGUUUCCAUGACAACCGGUAUUGCCUCUCAAACUCUCCUCACAGCAAACGUGAUGACCAGCAAUGACCUUGGACCUCUUACCACCUACCAGCUCAGACCUGCUCACUGCCUCAAUUGUACUCAUCCACACUUGUAGCCUGGACCUCGGGCAAGUUAUUACUGGAAGGAAAAGGGUCCUAUUGCCAGAAACGAAGUUACACACUCACAAUAGCCUCACCCUUCUGUACAAUAAACCUGGCAGAACACUAUAUACCUCAGCAGACAGAUAGACACUCAGUCAAGGAAACUGAAGGGAACUUUUCAGCAACAGCAUCAGCAUUUACUAUACUGGUGCUUCAAUCCAGCCAGCAGGUAACACAUGCUCACUAGCGUGGUGCUUCAAUCUACCCAGUAGACAACUCACUUCAGCAUUUUGCAUUUGCCUUUGAGGCAGGGGAACAGCAGCCAGGGAGGCCUCCAGAGACGCAGAGAGAGACUCAGGAGUACUGCCCCGAAGGCAUCUUCAUUUCAUUUGCUUCUCAGCAAAGUCACAUCAUACACAACGAUCUAAGCCGUAGCAUAAAUCAGCGAUUGCCCAACAGGCCUUGGGAGAUCACAGAAGGGACUCAGAAGUUCCUGUUGCCUUGUACUUCACCCUGUGAAUCCUCCAGAGAGAUCAAGCUGCCCACGGAGCAGGACAAGUUCUUGGGAGCCUCAUCAGCUUUUCUUACUCUGGAGGCAAGUCACAAAGAUUAAAGAACUCCCUGGCAAAUUGAACUCGGAGCAUUAUGAACCUUGGAAAGUUUGAAGAGUAAACACGAGAUCCAUAUUGUGUGACGGCAAAGAGAAGAGGAGGGAGAAAGCAUUAAGAGUAAAGAGAAGAAUGCAGCGCUUUCUGAUGCUUCUCCUGAUGUCCCGCCUACCAUGCUCCUCCCAGCCAAUUGCUGCCCAGAUUCUCAAAUGGCUGUCUAAUGACAGGGCCGCCGGCGAAUGCUGAGCAGGCUGGCGAGGUCGAGGUCCGCCUCAUUGUCCUGUGAUUGGCUGCUGGACAGGACUGAGGCUACAUGGAACCAAUGUCCAACAAGCAGGAUAGCAACUCAUCAGAGGGAGAUGAGAAAGGGUGGCCAGAUGUGCCGAAGAGAAAGAGUAAGAACAGCCAGUGUCCGGUGAAGAGCGUGUCUGCUCUUAGUGUCUCUGUUCCAGGGUACAUCCCCAGCUACCUGGAAAAGGAUGAGCCGUGCGUGGUUUGUGGGGACAAGGCUACCGGCUACCACUACCGCUGCAUCACCUGCGAGGGUUGCAAGGGUUUCUUCCGCAGGACCAUCCAGAAGAACCUCCACCCAGCUUACUCCUGUAAAUAUGAAGGCUGCUGCAUCAUCGACAAGAUCACCCGCAACCAGUGCCAGCUGUGCCGCUUUAAGAAAUGCAUCGCUGUGGGCAUGGCGAUGGACUUGGUAUUGGACGAUUCGAAACGCGUGGCCAAGCGGCGUCUAAUCGAGGAGAAUCGACAGAAGAGGAAGAGGGAGGAGAUGGUGAGGACACUGCAGACGAGGCCGGAGCCAAACACUCCCGAGUGGGAGCUGAUCAGGUUGGCAACCGAGGCCCACCGGCACACCAACGCCCAGGGCUCCAGCUGGAAACAGAAGCGCAAGUUUCUGUCGGAUGAUAUUGGCCAGGGUCCGAUGGUGCCCUCUUCUGACAGAGACAAGGUGGACCUGGAAGCCUUCAGCGAGUUCACCAAGAUCAUGACCCCCGCCAUCACGCGCGUCGUCGACUUUGCCAAGAAAUUGCCCAUGUUCUCAGACCUGCCUUGUGAAGACCAGAUCAUCUUGCUGAAAGGCUGCUGUAUGGAGAUCAUGUCGCUGCGCGCCGCCGUACGCUACGAUCCAGACAGCGAGACGUUGACGCUAAAUGGUGAGAUGGCUGUGAAACGCGAGCAGCUGAAGAACGGCGGGUUGGGGGUGGUGUCGGACGCCAUCUUUGAUUUGGGCAAGAGCCUGGCUCAGUUUAACCUGGAUGAUUCGGAGGUGGCUCUGAUGCAGGCUGUGCUGCUCAUGAGCUCAGACCGUUCAGGGCUGACUAACGUGGAGAAGAUCGAGCAGUGCCAAGAUGCCUACCUGCUGGCGUUCGAGCACUACAUCAACUACCGCAAGCACAACAUUCCCCACUUCUGGCCCAAGCUGCUGAUGAAAGUGACGGACCUGCGCAUGAUCGGAGCUUGCCACGCCAGCCGCUUCCUCCAUAUGAAGGUGGAGUGUCCCAACGAACUCUUUCCCCCGCUCUUCCUGGAGGUCUUUGAGGACCAGGAGGUGUGACUUGAAGAACGUUGAAUCCACGGCGACCCAGAACCCUGGUAACGAAAGGAAAGAAAUUUGGGGUAGCUGUAGCGGAAGAGGAAGAACAAGAGGAGAAAAGCUGGAUUUUUUUCUUUUCCUCAGUGGGAACGUGCCCUGUAAACGUUGUUUUUUUGUCCCUUUUUUCUCAAACACCCACAAAACCCACCAGCAAACUCACAACAACUUCACCUGAGAGAAUUUACUCUGUCAUUCUGAGAGGUACACACACAAAGCUCUUAACAGUUCUAGAUAUUCACAGAUUUAGAUUCCUAACACACUGCCAUGACCGUACAGUGCAAACAUAUGCAAAACACAAAUCUCCUCAGUUAACUCCUCUUGCACCUGUAUGGACAAACAGCUGUACUCUGCACCCACACUAAUGCCAUCUCCACCCACACCCACCUCGCACCACAACAAAGUUUUAUCUCUGGGACCUGACCAUUAGCUCCCCCUGCCAUCUCCCAUGCGUCUCCUUACCUGCAGUGGCGUCCUCCGUCUGCCCAUGCAGCCCAACCCUCAGUCUGAUGAGAACCUGUGAGUGUUGUCAACCUACCUCCCCCCGCACACUGACCUCUCUGUCUCUGUCUGUCCCAUGUACACAGAGAAACACAGGAUAUACGUACAUGAAACACACCCCGACACUAUUACCUCAUAUGUCAGAAAAGUAGAUUUCCACAUUAUUGCUGCCUACAGUUACUCAUGUAAACUCUAUGCUAGUGUUAGGAGAAGCUACAGUGGGAACACUUGCAGGACACCUUUAGCUACAAUGUAUCAUUUAUAGGUCUCCCCCUCUUAGUCGGUUAGUACACUAAGUGGUCGUUUUGGUCAUAGUCGACUAAGAUUUCUUUAGUCGAUUAAUUUUUUCGGUCCUUGUCUGCUUCAAGAAAGGGUGUAUUGAUAUCAAGUUAAGACAAUAGUUCAGCAUUUUGGGAAAUACACUUAUUUGCUUUCUUGCUCAGAGUUAGAUGAGAAGAUUGAUACCUCACUGAAGAAAUGAAGCUACAGCUUAGCCUAGCGUAGCUUAGUAUAGCACAAAGACUGGAAACAGGGGGAAACAGUUAGCCUGGCUCGGUCCUGUAAACAUGUUGUGGGUUUACAGGGUGUUAUAUGCUGGACUAUUUCUUUGGAUUCAGUGACCUUAGGUCAGAGCUAGGUGUUUCCCCCUGCUGUCUUUGUGCUACGCUGAGCACAUCCUCUGAGGAUAAAUUGUCUUUUCAUCGGGCCAUAAUUUCUAUUUCUGCAAUGAUGACCAAAUGGCUUCAAAACGUUAAAAUUGUUGCCUUGCUAACUUGCUAAACCAAGAUAGUGAACAUUUCUUUCGAAGCUUCAGCAAUUUAAUGCUGCUAUAAUCAAUAUUUUUCUAUUGACGAUAGAUUAAUAACAACACCUUCUCUCUGUAAAUACCUGACAUAAAUACCUUCAGCAAAAUGUUCUAAAUAUUGUUAUGAUUCAUUACGAGCAUUUUCAAAAUAAAGUGUAUUGCAGCUAAAGGCUACAUAGGAAGUGUUUCCACUACUUUUAUUGUACAGUGUCACUUACUGUACUUAAAGAUAUAGUUAGGUUUCAAACUUACUUUAUUAAAAAGAACAUUUUAAAAUCACAAUACAUCACUUGAUCUGCCUCAUGUUACUCAUUAACGCUGACAAGUAAUCCAGAUUACUCAAAUACAGUAUAUAUAUAUAUAUUGCUAGAAUACCUCUACGACACAAGCCUCCUGUUUUCA